AUGCCUUUCACAAAAACAAAAGACCCGAAACCUCUACCAGACCCCGGCAUGAAAUGGGGCAUCACCCCUAAGGAACCCUGCGAUUCAAACAAAAAGCCCGGCCCCGACCAUCCAGUCCACAAGAUCCCCCUUGAGAAACAAGAAAAGAUGCGACAGAAGGGAAUCAACCCAGUCCUGAAAGCGGAAAUGGACGAGGGUGCGACAGGAGAAGGGGGAUUUUGGCGCAAAGUAGCCCAGACUUCGUUUGGCGGCGGCUGGAUCAGAUAA